AGCUUCGCCCGCAGCCGGUCCCGAGCGCAGGAGCUCAGCCCCUCUCGGACUCCGCCGCAGAAGCACCCCGCCGCCGCCAUGUCUGACGAGGAAGUUGAGCAGGGUGAAGAGCAGUACGAAGAGGAAGAAGAGGUCCAGGAGGAAGAAGUCCAGGAGGAAGCCCCCGAGGUUCAUGAACCAGAGGAAGUCCAGGAAGAGGAGAAGCCCAGGCCCAAACUGACGGCUCCUAAGAUCCCGGAAGGGGAGAAAGUAGACUUUGAUGACAUCCAGAAGAAGCGGCAGAACAAAGACCUCAUGGAGCUUCAGGCCCUCAUCGACAGCCACUUCGAGGCCAGGAAGAAGGAGGAGGAGGAGCUGAUCGCGCUCAAGGAGAGGAUCGAGAAGCGCCGCGCGGAGCGGGCCGAGCAGCAGAGGAUCCGCGCCGAGAAGGAGCGGGAACGCCAGAACAGGCUGGCGGAGGAGAAGGCCAGGAGAGAGGAGGAGGACGCCAAGAGGAGAGCCGAGGACGACAUGAAGAAGAAGAAGGCCCUGUCCUCCAUGGGCGCCAACUACAGCAGCUACCUGGCCAAGGCUGACCAGAAGAGAGGCAAGAAGCAGACGGCCCGCGAGAUGAAGAAGAAGAUCCUGGCCGAGAGACGCAAGCCGCUCAACAUCGACCACCUCAGUGACGACAAGCUGAGGGACAAGGCCAAGGAACUCUGGGAUACGCUGUACCAACUCGAGACGGACAAGUUCGAGUUUGGGGAGAAGCUGAAGCGCCAGAAGUAUGACAUCACCACCCUCAGGAGUCGCAUUGACCAGGCCCAGAAGCACAGCAAGAAGGCCGGCGCCACGGCCAAGGGCAAGGUCGGCGGGCGCUGGAAGUAGAGGGGCCAGGAGGCGUCCUGCGGCAGGGACACGCGGGGCCAGCGCGCCCCGCCAUCGCCGCCUGCUCCGCCAUCAUCACUGCGUGGCUCCGUGCUGGGUCUCCUCGGGCUCAGAGGUGUUUCUGGGGGCACAGAAGCUACCCCGUGGUCUCUGCCCUCCUUGUCCCCACCCCCUGGGGUCUGUGAAUAAAGGUUCCGGGCUCCCCUCGA